UGUCUUCAAUAAAGUUGUGUCCUUCUGAAUGUGCCUCAGACUCAAGUAAGGGGAGGUUCCUUUGAUGAAGUUGCAACGUCACAUGAUACAAUGUAGCGGUGAGGCGAGAUCACACUGCGGAGUGCUGACAGGCUGGAAACAAAUGAAACAAGCGAGCGUCAACACCAACGGCUGUCUCUUUCCCACCAAAUUAAUUGUCAUCAAACGUCGUAGAAAGCUCGUAGAGGAAGGCCCAGGCAGGGUCGUGGAGUGGCUCAGUAUAAGGGUGUGUGUUCUCACCAAGGGUGUGUGCCUCUCCUCACCCCUGGAGAAGGCCAGCAGGAUCAGGAUGUCGGAGGCUAGAGAGCGUAGCCCCCGCCACCAGAGACCCUGGUCAGUGUACCGGGCCAACACCUUUGACCUCUCCUCUGAGAUGAUCGGCCUAGCACUCGCAGGGAACAGCCAGGAUCCAGAUGAGCCUGUUCUAGAGUUCAGUGUGGCCUGUAAUGAGUUGGUGACCCCAGCUCUGGAGCGGAAACCCAACAGCUUUGUGGCAGUGAGCUGCACCACCCCUCCCCAGGCCUUCUGGACAAAACACACCCAGACUGAGAUCAUCGAGGGCACCAAUAACCCUAUAUUCCUGAGCAGCAUAGCCUUCUUCCAGGACUCUCUGAUCAACCAGCAGACGCAGGUCAAGCUGUCUGUGUACGACGUCAAGGACCGCUCUCAGGGCACGAUGUAUUUAUUAGGCUCAGCUCUGUUUCCUGUGAAGGAGUUGCUGCAGGAGAAGAACCACAGGUUACACCUGACCCUGAGAUCUGCAGAGAACAAGCACGUGGGGAACGUCACCAUCAUUGCCUGGCAGAUAGAGGAGAAGAGGGAUCAGAGGACUCUGCCUGUUGCCAGGUUACCAGACACCAUCAACAGCAGGACCGUGCUUCCAGUGGAUGAGAGCCUGACAGAAUCCAUGGGUGUCAGAGCCAAAUAUGCAUCUUUAUGCAAAGACACCCUGCUGACAUCAGUGUUUGGAGGCACCAUGUCCAGAAUGUACCGUUUCCCCACCACGGACGGUCACCACCUGCGGGUGCUAGAACAGAUGGCUGAAAGUGUGUUGUCUCUCAACAUCCCCAGACAGUAUGUCAAACUACUGCUGGAGGAGGACGCUGUCAGGGUUUGUGAGCUGGAGGAGCUGGGGGAGUUGUCACCAUGCUGGGAGAACCUACGACGACAGAUAGUCACUCAGUACCAGACCAUCAUCCUCGCGUACCAGGAGACUCUCUCUGACCUCACCAACUACCAGGGUCCGUCGUUCAAGGCCAGUAACCUGAAGGCAGAGAGGAAGCUGGAGUUCAUACCCACCAACCUUCAUGUCCAGAGGAUGAGGGUGCAGGAUGAGUCUGGCUUUGACCACACGUAUGACGUGGUGACUAUCGGGGCUCCCGCCGCCCACUACCAGGGCUUCAAGAACAGCGGCCUGCGCAAGCAAAUCACCAAGUUCGAGGAGGCCAAGAAACACGUUUAUGAGGAAGAAUGCAGUGCCCUGUCCAGCUGUCAGUCUAUAGUGUACAUCCCCCAGGACAUUGUCCGGGCCAAGGAGAUCAUCUCCCACAUCAACACCCUGAAGACCCAGGUCAGCUACUAUGCUGAGAGGCUGUCCCGCGCUGCCAAGGACCGCUCUGCCAACGGUCUGGAGAGGACCCUUGCCAUCCUGGCUGAUAAGACUCGCCAGCUGGUGACGGAGUGUGACUGCAAACUGCUGGCCUCGGCCAUCCAGGCGCUGAACGCGGCACGUCCUGAGUACAUCGCCUCCAAGGCGUCACCCUCCGCCGACGCCACCGAUCAAGUAGUCCUGCGCAACGACCAGGACACGCUGCUGGCCAAGUGGAGCGGAUGCAACAGCCGGUCCUCGCUGCACUUCGACUGGCACGAGGAGGAGUGGGAGAAGGUGUGGGUAAAUGUAGACAAGAGUCUGGAGUGUAUCAUCCAGCGGGUGGACAAACUCCUUCAGAAGGACCGUCUGCCUGGCAACAGCAGCCAGGGGGACACUACCCCAGGCCACCAGCAGGGCGGCAGCAGUAAGAAAGGUAACCAGAGUACCAGAGCGUUCUGGAUCAACCCUGACUGCAUGACCCAGGAGGAGCCUUCAUCAUCACUACCUUCCUCACCAUCAUCAUCCUCCCUCCUGCCUGCUCUCACCCUGAAUCUGACUCAUGCAUGCCCACCCAGCCCUGACAAAACCCCAUAUGGCAGCCCCAGUGGCGAGGAGGCUUUCCCAGGGGAGUGGAGCGAGGCCCUGUACCCUCUCCUCACCACGCUGACAGAGUGUGUGGCUAUGAUGAGUGACAAGGCUAAGAGCUCCAUGGUGUUCCUGUUGAUGCAGGACAGUGCUCCUACCAUCGCCAUGGACCUCUCCCUGCAGUACAGACGAGACGUGGUCUUCUGCCAGACGCUCACUGCUCUCAUCUGUGGCUUCAUCAUCAAGCUGAGGAACUGUCUCCGUGACGAUGGCUUCCUCAGGCAGCUCUACACCAUCGGCCUGCUGGCCCAGUUUGAGUCUCUGCUCAGCACCUACGGCGAGGAGCUGUCCAUGUUGGAGGACAUGUCGGUUGGCAUCAUGGACCUACGAAACGUUACCUUCAAGGUGACCCAGGCAACGUCCAGCUCCUCCCCCGACAUGCUGCCAGUCAUCACUGGCAACCGGGACGGCUUCAACGUCCGCAUCCCGUUGCCGGAGACCAUGUUUGACGCGUUGCCGCGGGAGAUCCAGAACGGCAUGCUGCUGCGUGUCCAGCCGGUGCUCUUCAACGUGGGAAUCAACGAACAGCAGACGCUGGCAGAGAAGUUUGGAGACACGUCUCUGCAGGAGAUCAUUAACCUAGAGAGUCUGGCCAGACUUAACUCCUACUAUCAACAGUUCAAGGAGGUUUUACCUGAGGACUGCCUGCCCAGGUCCCGUUCCCAGACGUGUCUACCAGAGCUGCUGAGGUUCCUGGGACAAAAUGUCCACGCCAGGAAGAACAAGAACGUAGACAUCCUGUGGCAGGCAGCAGAGAUCUGUCGUCGUCUGAACGGUGUGCGUUUCACCAGCUGUAAGAGUGCUAAGGACCGCACGGCCAUGUCCGUCACCCUGGAGCAGUGUCUGAUCCUACAGCACGAACAUGGCAUGGCCCCACAGGUCUUCUCCCAGGCCCUCGACUGCAUGCGCAGCAUUGGGACCAGGGAGGGGGUCACCCAGAAGAACCUGAGUGGCCUGUUGCCUGUGCGGGAUUUCAGGCUGGACCCCAGCCUGCUGUACUCCCUGCCCCUGCUGGCCCUCAGCCCCAACCUGCUGGUCGUCUGGCUGUUCCUCAGCGUCGCCUACUUCCUGGCCAAGCUCCGCUGCAGCUGAAGGCACAGCCCCUCUGCCACCCAGCCCCACCUACUCUCGACCUCUACUCACCUCUUCUCUCUGCCCGUUCCCCCCAGUGUGUCAGUCAGUCAGUCGGUCAGGAAGAAAGGCAAAACGUUAGUUUGUCAGUCAAGGAGGAAGACGGGCAGUCAGGGAGUCAGUCAGUCGCUCUAUGUCAGUCUGUCGGGAGCUCAGCCGCGAGAACCCUCUGAUUGGCCGAGGGCAGACCGUGUAUACCUGACUGGACUUUGUGCGUCACUCGGCUAAACUGCCAGCUGUUCCACCCAAUGGGCAGCCAGCACUCCUCUGGCCCUGCUCUCUGUCCUAACCAAUCCAGUCAGAGCAGGAAGCUGGUCUAAAGGUCUAUGUGCAGUACUGUGUGAGACUGUUACUGUCAGUGUUCUGACAUAUUUCUCAGUUUAACACCCAUUGUUUUACAACAAUCAAAAACAAACUGAGAGUAUGGAGAGAAACUUUGAAAUAUAGCCGGUAAGAAGUUUUAGCUGAAUUUAAUGGAAGUUUUGUCCCAGUUGUCCUUGAGUAUUUAUAAUGCCGCUUCCCAACUCAUGACAUGAUUAUAACCAUGCUAUUAUGAUAAUAUGAUGCCAUGGAUCCUUUGGUUCUGCACAGAGCUUAUUUUCAGUCAUGCAAAUGUUCUGGCUUGCUUGACGUUUACGUCUUCCAUAAGGUUUGCAUACAGCAUAAGCCAAGGGAUGGCUUGGCCAUGCAAUAUCAAGCUGAUGUUGUUUUGAUCUGGUGGCCAUUUUGUUGUUGUUCCUCAGGCCUUCCUACUCUUAUUACAGCAGGAGAGACUUGUGUCCGCUUUCACUUUAAACCAAUGCACUUUUCUAUCAACGUUGUCAUCUUAAUGAAGGUUAUUUGCUUGUCUUGCCAAUUGACACAGUUUCAUCUUGGUCGGAGCAAUUUGAAUUGGCUAAUUCUGGGAAUGUAUGAUAUUUCAGGGGACCUUUGUUGGCUUGUUUGAUUAUGCAGUGUAGUUUUUCCAAAGUGUUAAACUAAAAAUUAUCAGAUUUAAUUUCAUGCCUGUACCAAGUUUCCUAUUUACUAUAGAGUUUGUAUAUAUGAAUUAGUUCUUUGUUUGAGAACCUAUAAGGGUUGCAGUUCUAUGGAAAUGACAGAGAAGAUGAAGAGAAUGUACAUGGGCAAACCUCAAAUGGCUCCCUACCACCAAAUGAUGCACUACCUCUGACCAGUAGUGCACUAAAUAUAGGGGAUGAUUUGAGACACAGCCCAUGCUUGUUGUGCCAAAUGUUUUAGCCAGGUCUCAGAUGGUAGAUGCAGGUCUUGGAUCUUUAUUCCAGGUCAAUGUAUUACUUCCAGAUCUCCCAGCAGCCCAAAUCCACCCCGCUUCCACAGAGAAGUGCCCUAGAAAGGGUGAUUUGAUAUCAGACUCUUUGGGUUACUUCCAAGCCUUGCACUCUGGACUUCCUGGUGUCUGCCGAGAGAGUCCACACACCAUUAUCAUAUACAGUAGUUGCUAUCUAGUCCCAUAAAACAUGAUUAGCUAUCUAAUGGUAUAUGCACUCAUUAAUAUGUAGACUAGUGGUAUUAUCGUUUUCCAGCCCCAUAGCCUCUCUCCAUUUGAAUCAGUAUAAUACCUGUCUUCAGUGUUACGUCCCAAGACGGCCACACUCAAUCCAAUCUAAAGUGACCUACUAAAGAAAUGGACCAUCCGUCCCAAAAUAGCCUCCUCUGUGAGAUUGUCACGCUUGUCUUACAUCCCCUCCACCCCUCAUUUCCAACUCCUCGACACCCACAAUAGAAAACUGGAGGGAUUCUUUUGUCCUUGUUGGUUGAGCUUUAUGCAACCUUCUUAUAGGCCUCUCACCUGUGUGACUAGUAUGAGAGCUAGGCUGGGUUUAAUGGUGUAUUUAGGUUAGUUCAAUGGUUUAGUUUUGAAUAUUCAGAGGUUUUUUAUUUUUACCGAUUUUUGUGCAAUGUUACUAUUUUACAUGAUCAACAAAUACGUAAGUACAUGCAGUAUUUCUUUCUCAGUCUUGUAAAUCCAUAUUGUAAAUAAUAGAAAUGUAUAAAAUCAGAUCAUCUAUUGAUAAGUAUGCUGGUGUAGAACUACCUCUAUUGUCCCAUGAAACACCAUCUGACUGUCAGCCAGGGGAGAGAGCCGAGGGACAGCCAGGGGAAAAUGUGCUCCAUGAGAGCAUCACCCAAGAUCUGUCCCAAAUGGCACACUUUUCCCUAUGUAGUGCACCCUAUAGGUCCUGGUCAAAGUAGUGUACUAUAUAGGGAAUAGGGCGCCAUUUAGGACACAUCCCCCAGUAUGUACAACGUUAGGAUGGCGUUUGCUUCAACCAAAUGUGAAAUAGCUCCCCCUGCUGGUUGGUAAUGAUACUACAGAAGCUUGUAACCCAGUCUGUCCUAAGAAAAGAGUUGGAUUGCUCCAUUCUGGGGAUACAUGCAAUUAGGAGCCCAUUCUAAAGUUGUAGAGAAUUGCAGAAUGUGCUGGUGGCAGUUUGUUCUGCUGGUGUAUUUAAUUCCCAUGAAGAAACCCACUGCGUUAAACUUGUUGUAACCAUAGUGAUGCUAAAUCCAGGAAUAUUCCAACUAAAACCAAGUUCCUGACUCAAUUCUCAAGUUUUAUUUUUCUGUUUCUCUUGAAUUCCUUAGUGCUUUUGAGGAUAGAGAAUAUAUUUAUAUUGCGUUGCAUUAUAUUUUCAUGCUUGUCUGUCUAAAUACUCAAUAUUUGCUAAAUAUAUGUAUUCUUAUGGAAAGUUUGAUGUGAUUACAUCAUCGUCAUGCAGGUGUCACUAUAAUGAGAGGGAGAAAUUCUAGUUGCUGUUCCAGAUAUCAUUGUAUUAACCCUUGUCUGGUACUUUGCCAAGUUCCAACCAAUAUCAGGGUUGCUUGGAUAACCAUUUAUGAAUAUGCUCUGAAAUAGUAGACUUUUCUCCCUUUCUCUCGGUUUCUCUCUGAAAUAGUAGACUUUUCUCCCUUUCUCUCGGUUUCUCUCUGAAAUAGUAGACUUUUCUUCCUUUUCUCUCAGUUUCUCUCUGAAAUAGUAGACUUUUCUCCCUUUCUCUCGGUUUCUCUCUGAAAUAGUAGACUUUUCUCCCUUUCUCUCGGUUUCUCUCUGAAAUAGUAGACUUUUCUUCCUUUCGCACUGGAAUAGUAGACUUUUCUUCCUUUCGCACUGGAAUAGUAGACUUUUCUUCCUUUCGCACUGGAAUAGUAGACUUUUCUUCCUUUCGCACUGAAAUGGUAGACUUUUCUUCCUUUCGCACUGAAAUAGUAGACUUUUCUCCCUUUCUCUCGGUUUCUCUCUGAAAUAGUAGACUUUUCUUCCUUUUCUCUCAGUUUCUCUCUGAAAUAGUAGACUUUUCUCCCUUUCUCUCGGUUUCUCUCUGAAAUAGUAGACUUUUCUCCCUUUCUCUCGGUUUCUCUCUGAAAUAGUAGACUUUUCUUCCUUUCGCACUGGAAUAGUAGACUUUUCUUCCUUUCGCACUGGAAUAGUAGACUUUUCUUCCUUUCGCACUGGAAUAGUAGACUUUUCUUCCUUUCGCACUGAAAUGGUAGACUUUUCUUCCUUUCGCACUGAAAUAGUAGACUUUUCUUCCUUUCGCACUGAAAUGGUAGACUUUUCUUCCUUUCGCACUGGAAUAGUAGACUUUUCUUCCUUUCACAUUGGAAUAGUAGACUUUUCUUCCUUUCGCACUGGAAUGGUAGACUUUUCUUCCUUUCGCACUGGAAUGGUAGACUUUUCUUCCUUUCGCACUGGAAUAGUAGACUUUUCUUCCUUUCGCACUGAAAUGGUAGACUUUUCUUCCUUUCGCACUGGAAUAGUAGACUUUUCUUCCUUUCACAUUGAAAUAGUAGACUUUUCUUCCUUUCGCACUGAAAUGGUAGACUUUUCUUCCUUUCGCACUGAAAUGGUAGACUUUUCUUCCUUUCGCACUGAAAUGGUAGACUUUUCUUCCUUUCGCACUGAAAUAGUAGACUUUUCUUCCUUUCGCACUGAAAUGGUAGACUUUUCUUCCUUUCGCACUGAAAUGGUAGACUUUUCUUCCUUUCACAUUGAAAUAGUAGACUUUUCUUCCUUUCGCACUGAAAUAGUAGACUUUUCUUCCUUUCGCUCUGAAAUAGUAGACUUUUCUUCCUUUCACUCUGAAAUAGUAGGCGUUUCUCCCGUUCUCUCUAAUGCUUCUCUCUGAAAUAGUAGACUUUUCUUCCUUUCACAUUGAAAUAGUAGACUUUUCUUCCUUUCGCACUGAAAUGGUAGACUUUUCUUCCUUUCACAUUGAAAUAGUAGACUUUUCUUCCUUUCGCACUGAAAUAGUAGACUUUUCUUCCUUUCGCUCUGAAAUAGUAGACUUUUCUUCCUUUCACUCUGAAAUAGUAGGCGUUUCUCCCGUUCUCUCUAAUGCUUCUCUCUGAAAUAGUAGACUUUUCUUCCUUUCACAUUGAAAUAGUAGACUUUUCUUCCUUUCACUCUGAAAUAGUAGGCGUUUCUUCCUUUCGCACUGAAAUGGUAGACUUUUCUUCCUUUCGCACUGAAAUAGUAGACUUUUCUUCCUUUCGCUCUGAAAUAGUAGGCGUUUCUCCCGUUCUCUCUAAUGCUUCUCUCUGAAAUGGUAGACUUUUCUCCCUUUCUCUCUGAAAUAGUAGACGUUUCUCCCCUUCUCUCUAAUGCUUCUCUCUGGAAAGUGAAAAAGCAGUCAAUUAGUCAGCAGCCCAAAGAAUCAGCUUUAAUGUUGUUAUAUUAUAAACGUCAUGCCAAAUGUAUCAGAGUAGAAGGUGUAUACUUCACUAUAGAGUAUUUGAAUAGUUCUGUUUGUUUUCCCUGGAAUGGAACUGUUGCAUUGAAAUUAGAAUGUAGAACAUUUCAGUCUGUGCGUUUUGCUAUUGCUCUUGUUUCACUUUAUCUGUGGUGCUCGUAACUCUAUCUAGAAAGCAGGUCUUCUGUACACAGUAUUAGUGUUCUGUACCACUCCCUCCAACAACAUCCCCAUAUUCCCCGGGACAAUCCGUCCGUUCGCUUUAGCUUUGCCCACAUGUUACUUUGACAGUGGCGUCAAUGUGUUGGUUGGUUUUUGGGUUUCUCAUUGUCUUUUAACACGAGCCCUUUUUUGUUUUGUUUUCUUCACUUUGCUGUCAUCCUCUCUCUCUGUGCUUGCCCUCCCUCCCUCUUCCCCUCCCUCCCUCUUCCCCUCCCUCUUCCCCUCCCUCUUCCCCUCCCUCUUCCCCUCCCUCUUCCCCUCUCUCUUCCCCUCUCUCUUCCCCUCCCUCUUCCCCUCCCUCUUCCCCUCCCUCUUCCCCUCCCUCUUCCCCUCCCUCUUCCCCUCCCCU